GAAUAAAACAAAAGAAACAAUGAAUGGGUUCUCCUCAUCUUCAAAAACUUACAAAAAGUUGAAGAGUCUUAGGAACAAGGAGGGAGGGUUCAUUACUCAUUAGGGGGGUGUAACCAAGUAACUUCACUCCAUUUUUAGGGUUAAGGGAAGAAGUUUCUAAGAGAGUGUUGUUGUAAUGGGUUUUCGGUGUGGUUGUGGUGGUGUUACUCUUCUUGUUCUCUUUUGUUUAUGGAGUGUUUUGAUACCGUUUUCGUCUUCAACUAGGCUUGGUUCUUCGAGGCAGAAGCUUGAAGUUAACAAGCAUUUGAAUCGACUUAACAAACCUCCUACCAAAACCAUUCAGAGUCCAGAUGGGGAUACUAUUGAUUGUGUGCCUGUUUCAAAGCAACCAGCUUUUGAUCAUCCUUUCCUCAAAGACCACAAAAUUCAGAUGAGACCUGAUUUCCAUCCUGAAGGGCUUUUCGAGGAGAACAAGUUGGAUGAAAACAAAGAAAAAUCAAGUGCUCCCAUUAAUCAACUAUGGCAUGCUGGUGGUAAAUGUCCGGAAGGGACGAUACCUAUUAGGAGAACAAAGGAGGAGGAUGUUUUAAGAGCGAGUUCGGUUAGAAGAUAUGGAAGGAAGAAGCAUAGGUCGGCCGCCCCUAAGCCGAGGUCGGCCGAUCCUGGUAUGGAAAAUCAAAGUGGUCAUCAGCAUGCAAUAGCAUAUGUUGAAGGAGACAAGUUCUAUGGAGCAAAAGCUACUAUAAAUGUUUGGGAGCCAAAGAUACAACAAGCUAAUGAAUUCAGCUUAUCUCAGCUUUGGGUAUUAGGAGGUUCAUUUGGUCAAGAUCUUAACAGCAUCGAAGCUGGCUGGCAGGUUAGUCCAGAUUUAUAUGGCGAUAACAACACUCGGCUAUUCACCUACUGGACGAGUGAUGCAUAUCAAGCUACUGGUUGCUACAAUCUUCUUUGCUCGGGAUUUAUUCAGGUCAGCAGCGACAUAGCAAUGGGAGCAAGCAUUUCUCCAAUUUCCUCAUACCGAGAUUCUCAAUAUGAUAUCAGCAUACUUAUCUGGAAGGAUCCGAAAGAGGGUCAUUGGUGGAUGCAAUUUGGGAACAGCGGAACCGUGAUGGGAUACUGGCCAUCUUUCUUGUUCUCGUAUUUAGCCGACAGUGCAACGAUGAUUGAAUGGGGAGGAGAAGUUGUUAACUCCGAACCCGACGGUCAACACACAUCAACCGAAAUGGGAAGCGGUCAUUUUCCAGAAGAAGGAUUCGGCAAAGCGAGUUACUUCAGAAACAUUCAAGUGGUCGAUAGCUCGAAUAAUCUAAAAGCACCAAAAGGACUCGGCACUUACACCGAAUAUCCAAACUGUUACGAUGUCCAAACCGGUAGUAAUGGAGAUUGGGGUCAUUUCUUUUACUAUGGAGGACCUGGUAAAAAUGCAAAUUGUCAAUGAGAUAAAAGAACAAAAAUAACAUCAAUGUGUCACUUUGUAAGUUGUAUCAUUCAAAAUUAAUCUUAGUAGUGUUCUUCAAUCUUUGUACACCUACCUAAUGGAAAGUUUUGACUGUUUUUUUUUUUUUAGUUUUAUAUUGAAAAGAUUCUCUCCAUUAAGUGGAGAAGAGUGUGGUCAAGUUUCUGAAAAGGCUUAAAGGCUAAAGAAACAGACCCUUUAUAACAUCCUUGUAUUUUAUUUGGGAGUGUUUGUCAAAAUGUAAUGGAGCUACCUAGUGUUUUGUGAUUACUAAAACUAGAUUUUUCACCUAGAA